AGUAACAAAAAAACAAGGCGAAAGGACAAGCCGAUAAGUGAUAUAGAUGAAAUUCGAUGGAAUUAUAUAUAUAAAAAAGCUACAAAUAAAAUAUUAAUAAUGAUGGUAUCUUUUAAGCUAACCUUGCGUUCUUCUCGUUAUUAUUAAUUCUCUUUCACUUGACAAAAAAUGGAUUCCAUUUCUGGGUUUCGUUGGAAGAUUCUCCCGCAUUUAUUUCUUCCAAUUCCCACUUCAAUCAAUUUCUCCUCAAAUUCCUUCAAGUUCUUGAGAUAAUUCCAACUUUAAUUUCAGGUGAUGCAGAUUCUUGAGGUUGAUGAAGUUGAUACCAGUAGUUGGCUAGAGAAGAUUUGAUUGUCAUUUUAGAUUUAUAGAGACAUGAAUUCGCCAACUGCCCAAUUUGUCGUGUCAAGAAGGAUGAAUCUAUACGAGCCUCUUCACCAAAUUAGUUCGUGGGUCGACAGUUUCAGAGAUGAUGGCUUUCCGAAUGUGUCUCCAUCCACUGUUGUAGAAGUAAAUGAGAGACUAGACAGCCUGUCAGAGGAUACUUCAUCACACGGAGGACAGGCCCCUUCAAACAGAUAUGACCAGGAAGCAUCUAAACCUGUUGAAAAGGUACAAAGACGUCUUGCACAAAAUCGUGAGGCUGCUCGCAAAAGCCGCUUGCGGAAAAAGGCCUAUAUUCAGCAGUUAGAGUUGAGUCGUUCAAAAUUGAUGCAAAUGGAACAAGAGCUUGAACGAGUGAGACAACAGGGAAUGUAUGUUGGAGGUGGGAUUGAUCCUGUUCCUUUUUCUGCAACUGUAAAUUCAGGAAUUGUUGCAUUUGAGAUGGAGUAUGGACAUUGGGUUGAAGAACAGAAUAAACAGAUUUGUGAGCUUAGGAAUGCAUUGAAUACACAUAUAACCGAUGUAGAGCUUCGGAUUUUGGUAGAUGGCGGCAUGAAACACUAUUUUGAUCUUUUCCAGUUGAAGGCUGGUGCAGCAAAGGCCGAUGUAUUUUAUCUCAUGUCUGGCAUGUGGAAAACAUCAGCUGAGCGUUUUUUCUUGUGGAUAGGAGGGUUUCGUCCAUCGGAAUUAUUAAAGGUACUUGGGCCACAACUGGACCCCUUGACAGAUCAGCAAGUGAUGGAUGUGUAUAACCUGAAACAAUCUUGUGAGCAAGCAGAAGAAGCACUGUCUCAGGGAAUGGAUAAACUCCAGCAGACUCUGGCUGAAACUGUAGGAACAGAUCGUUUGGGAGAAGGGAUUUACACUUCAGAAAUGGCUAAUAAUGCAAUCGAGAAACUUGAAGCUCUAGUGAGCUUUGUAAACCAGGCAGAUCAUCUUCGACGAGAGACUCUGCAGCAAAUGCACCGGAUCCUGACUGUACGCCAAGCAGCUCGUGGUUUAUUAGCACUAGGAGAGUACUUCCAGCGUCUAAGGGCUCUAAGCUCCCUUUGGUGUAGUCGUCCUCGCCAGCCAACUUAAGUUGAGCCGAGUAUCAAUUUUUCAGUUCCAUCAAGGUGUGUUUGCAGCAAUAUUUUAUUAUUGCUCUUCAUGUAUAGCUUGUUGAAUAUAUUCUUGAAGAACCGCGCCUUCCCUCAACUGGAAACUGUGUAUAUAACAGCAGCAAUGCAAUUGUUUCCGAUGCUAGCUCGUAUUGUUAUGGACUUUAAGAAUUAUAUUUUUGAAAGUUGGUUUACCCGUCUCAGUGUGAUAUGUGUAUGUAUAUGUAUAUGUAUAUGUAUAUGUAUGUGUACAUGAUGUAGGCAAUUUUUGUGUACGGUCGUCAAUUUUGUAAAUCAUUGUCUUAACUAUUGCUAUCCAUUAAAAUCAAUGUGCUAGGCUUAAACA